GGAAACUUUUUCUAAGAGAAGAUUGCAUCAUUUAAAUCCUUGUUUUACGUACAGGGGAAUUUGUGAUUAGUAUUGAUACUCUAUCAUCGUUCUCUCUGAUUUUCUCUAGGUUAAAGCACUUAAAGAGUUGAUAAAACAUCAUUUGUUUCUAUGUGAUGCUUGUAGACAGUAUUUUGGCUGACUUUAGGGCUGAAUUAUUUUCCCUGAAAUCAUUUCACAAAAAGGGCCAGCAAUUUGCUGAUAAGUUUUCUUAUAAAUGACUACACAGUGAAGACAUACUAACACAUUGAUUACACAAUGGAGUAAUAGGAAUGAGAUAAUGGUACUUCUUAUGUGAUGACGUAAAACAAUUUCUCUGUUUUGGGGGCUCAUACUCCUAAAGAUUAACUUUAGUUUUUUCAAGGUAUGAUUUUUAAAAAGAAAAAACAUCCAGCUGUUAGGUAAAUUUGUUUUCUUUCAAACAGUCUUCAUAGCUUCAAUUUCUGGAACUUAACUCCUUGAAGACAGCAACAUUGCAUGUGAUAAUAUUUUGCUCAUUCGCCUAUAAGAUGUUUGUUCAGUUGAGAAAUGAAAAUGGGUCUCAGUAUACUAUGUAGAGUGAUUUGUUCUAAAUGGCACAAAAACGGUUUCUGGGCCAGGAAAGUAUUAGUUCAAGGUCCUGUGAAAGUUGAUGCUUAUUCUGAUGCAUGGACACCAUGGUCUAGUGAAAUCUGCACAUUAGGGACUUUCCUAUAGCUCAUUCCCGCGCCCUCCAACAUAUGUCAUUAGUUUCACAUAAUAGGAAAGAGGAAAUAUGCAAAGGCACAGACACUAUUCUGAAUUAAGAGACCGAUUUUUCCCCAUGUUUACGAUGAAAAUUUGUUUAUGUACAGUGUGCUUUUGUGUAAAGGACAUUCUGGUGUUAUGUGCUCAGCAAAACAAAAUAUUCCCUUGAAAUGAUUAGAAUGCAAAUGCUAUUUUCUAGAUCUGGUUUCCUGGCAUUUUGGGGGGGGUGUGGCAGAUGCUAAUAUAUCUGGUGCUUUUGUUUUAGAAACAAAAGUAAACUGUAGGGAGUUUACCAAAAUGCUGCCACGACACCCCCUUUAAAACCAAACUGAGCAAGAGAACCAAAUUGCUGCUUUAUCCACAUUUUGGUCAUCCCGGGGUGGUGGUAGUCCUCUGCUCCCAUUGUUUGUUUUGCUUCAUGUUUGACUCCGACAGAGAUCAGAGCUACAUUUUAUGGACUUACGGUUUGGCAAUAUGCUGGCAAAUGGGAAAACAAGCAACAUAAACCAAAUUUCUGCCACAAUGCUUUUAAUAUUGAGACAGACUUUUAUCUAACAGAGCCAACAGAAUGGAACAUGAGAGCACCCGCAGCUCAGGGCUGUAAACACAGCUUCCUGAUGACACAUCCCUGGGGGCGGGGGGGACAGAUCAUACAGUUUCUAUAUUAUGUGGCUUGUCAUUCUACUGGCACAGAACUGAUUUUCGCCUCAGAAAAUGUCUCUUUCCUGAAACUCCAGCUGUCCUUCAUUCAUAAAGCAGCGUUUUAAUAAGGUGGUUGUUUACUAGGAAAACAAUGCUAAUGUUAAUAAUGAAUCACUAACAAUAUAGCAUAUUCCUUAUCGUAGAUGGUCUACUUGUUGCCAAACAGCUGGAGGAAACGCGGGGGAAAAUGCAAUUGAGCAUUUAAACAUCAUAGCUGGAUGUUUCCAAACAUAAGUAUCCAGAUGCUUAGCAUUGUGGAGGUAAUGUGUUUGAUUGCUUGCCUUUUUCAUAUUUUAUCCGGAUCUUUUGAUGUUCUGUGGAUAGAGUCAUGACUAUUCAUUUUCAAUAUGCUGAGCAGUUUUCGCUCAUCAUGAAUGGCAACAAUAAUGCUGAAGACUGGCAGAGGCCAAGCCUGGCAGAGAUUGCUGGAGAUGAGGGAGAAGAGGAAGAAAUGAGACUCAGACUGUGGUUAAAUGGGUCCCUCUCCUGGCUAAUGUGUAUGGAAGCAUGUGCCUUUUAAACGGCAUCAGCUGAAUCAGGUUUCAAGCUUCAGUUAAGGGGAAUGUAGGAAUUAAGAAGCUGGGUGGAGGGUCAGAUUCUCUUGUUUUCCUUGAGACCCAGAGGCUGAAUAACCAGGCCCUUCUUCAGGAUAUUCACUGCCAAGAAAGAAAGCUAACUGAUUCCAUGCCCAUGAGGAUACUGGCUUAACAAGAAUCUGGUCCAGCUAAACUAUAGUAGAGUCGCUCCCUUCCUCAGACUGAUGCCUCAUCAGGCAAAAUUAAAAACCUACAGUAAACAAGAUGAAGUACUUUCUCUUUUUAUGAUCUCAGAGCACCCAACCCAAAUCAAUUCAUGCUUCCUACUGCAAACUUCUCAGACAUCGGGUUAUCGGUACUUAUAAUUAGAGUCAUUGCCAAAUGUUCCACUAAAUUAAAAUUCCUGCAAAUUAAUUAUCUCAUCAAAGGUGGCUCAGUUUCAGAACUGGAUUCGUAGAUCCUGGCACUAAAAUAGACGCAACCUUCUCCUAAGAGUGAAAGAAAAAAAAUAGUCAUUUACUGACAUGUCCCUGCAGGAAACAAUAACAUUACAGAUCAUGUAGAAGCCAAGAAUAGCCGUGGCAUAUUAAUAACUCAGUCUGUUCCCUGAUUUUAUUCAAGAUGACUGGUUAAAGAACACUGCACUGAUGAUGACUCCAUGGCAUGAGGAAGAAUGUCAUCAUUAACAUGUGGACCGUUUGGCAUUUAGAACAUUUCACACAUAAAGAGAACUCAACACAAGACUAUUUACUGUGCUUUAGACAGAUGGUUUAAUGUUUCUUUAGCCUUCAGCCUAUCAGGCCACCCAUGGUUUUCUUCAGCCAAGGGCUUUUUAGAAAUAAUUGGUCUCUAGCAAUUUUCUAACAAGACUGACUGCAAUCUAUUUCCCUAAAUCUUUUUCCUACCCUUAACUAUCCCUUACAGUGGUUUGUGGCUGACAAACCUCCCUGACUGACACAGAUUCCUCACAUAUAAGUAAUUACUGACAUAAAAGGAGAUGAAGGGGCUGAAAUCUCAUCAUUAAUGGUUUCUUUGCUACAGAAAAGCUAUUUAGAAACGAUUACUUCGGAAAACAGUUCUUCCCUGAUUAGACGUUGCCUGACCCUGGAGAAGCUGUUCCCCCAGAAUCUUUCAAUACAGGAAUUGAUAACCCCACGUAGAUGGAUAACUGUGAGUGGCAAAAGAUGCAUACAGGUGUUGGUUUAAAAAUGGUAGAGAAGAGUAAUUGUGUCUCCAUCUGAGGAAUAUGUAAAUGUGUUUAGAAGGGAUACAGAGACUGCAGAUUCCCUGCUCCUGCCAUCAAAGUGGAAAUCACUCACACUGGAAAAGCAAGCGUGUGCAUUCUUACAGUGCAAACGUCUGUAGGACUCUUGAUCCCCUGCACUUCCCUGGCCACAGUUCAGUUUUCCAGGCCCUUCUGCCAGCUCUUUCAGGGAGCCACGUGACCCAAGGCCCGGCGACUCUACAGACUGGCCCAGAAGGAUGGAUGCUUGUUUGCACAUUCUUCUCUAUGUAACCUCCCCAGUAAGGUUCAGAAGAGGCAAGCUUAGGCCUGGAGCACAGAAAAGUGAUGACACAGCAGAGAGGGUUUAGCGAUCAGAUGUAUUUAGGAGGGCAAUUGUCUCCUGACUGCCUGCAGGAGAGGGCUUGUGGGACUGGAAGUCUCAGCGGGAACUUCUGAUUGGCUUUUUUCUCUUUAAGGGACAAUGACGUCUCAUUGGAAGCUCAGAUUUCCCGCUGACACUUAAUGCUGGGCCUGACUGGAAUCCUUGCUGGUUCUGUGGCUGCAGCUGGUGUCUGGGUUUUGCACUGCAACUGUCAGCUUUCCGCACCUAUGAGGAAAAGGGGCCCACGGUACCGACAUCGGUGGUCUGUCUGACCAUGGCUUGUUUAAUUCCCAGCUCGAAGUGCCAAGCCAGUUCUGUUUCAUGAAGUUCAAUAGCUCGCUGCUCCGAGUACGCGAGGGCGACGGGCCGCUGACCGUCGGGGACGCAGGCCCGGACCGCGAGCGGCUGUGCGGCCAGGCACCACAGUGCGUGCUGGCCUUCGACGUGGUCAGCUUCUCGCAGGAGCAGUUCCGGCUGAUACACGUGGAGGUGGAGGUGAGGGACAUCAACGAUCACGCGCCGCGCUUUCCCCGGGCCCAGAUCCCCGUGGAGGUGUCCGAGGGCGCGGCUGUGGGCACGCGCAUCCCGCUGGAGGUGCCUGUGGACGAGGAUGUGGGAGCCAACGGGCUGCAGAGCGUGCGCCUGGCCGAGCCUCACAGCCCCUUCCGCGUGGAGCUGCAGACGCGCACGGACGGCGCCCAGUGCGCGGACCUGGUGCUGCUGCAGGAGCUGGACCGCGAGAGCCAGGCCGCGUACAGUCUGGAGCUAGUGGCCCAGGACGGCGGCCGCCCGCCGCGCUCCGCCACUGCCGCCCUCAGCGUGCGAGUGCUGGACGCCAACGACCACAGCCCGGCCUUCCCGCAGGGCGCCGUGGCCGAGGUGGAGCUGGCGGAGGACGCGCCCGUGGGCUCCCUGCUGCUGGACCUGGACGCAGCCGACCCCGACGAGGGCCCCAACGGCGACGUGGUGUUUGCCUUCGGUGCCCGCACCCCGCCCGAGGCGCGCCGCCUCUUCCGCCUGGACCCGCGCUCGGGCCGCCUCACCUUGGCAGGACCCGUGGACUACGAGCGCCAGGACACCUAUGAGCUAGACGUGCGGGCCCAGGACCGCGGUCCCGGGCCUCGGGCCUCCACCUGCAAAGUCAUCGUGCGCAUCCGCGACGUCAAUGACAACGCUCCGGACAUCACCAUCACCCCGCUGGCCGCCCCGGGCGCGCCUGCCGCCUCUCCCUUCGCCGCCGCCGCCGCCGCCGCCGCCGCCGCUCUCAGGGGUGCGGACGCGACCUCGCCGACCGGACCUGGAGCGCCGGAGGCCGGCGCCAUCUCGCUGGUGCCAGAGGGGGCGGCGCGCAAGAGCCUGGUGGCGCUGGUCAGCACCUCGGACAGAGACUCGGGCGCCAAUGGGCAGGUGCGCUGCGCCCUCCAAGGGCACGAGCAUUUCCGGCUGCAGCCGGCCUACGCGGGCAGCUACCUGGUGGUGACCGCGGCGUCCCUGGACCGCGAGCGCAUCGCUGAGUACAACCUGACGCUGGUGGCCGAGGACAGAGGCGCGCCCCCUCUACGCACCGUGCAGCCCUACACGGUGCGCGUGAGCGACGAGAACGACAAAGCGCCACUCUUCAUGCGACCGGUCUAAGACGUGUCAGUGAGGGAGGACAACCCGCCUGGCGCCUACUUGGGCCGCGAAGGCCAGGUCACCUGCCGACUGCUGGAGGCCGAAGAGGGUCGCGCCCAGGGCGCCGUGUCCCCCUACAUCUCUGUGAACCCUAUUACUGGGAAGCUGUGUGCACAACGGUGCUCUGAUCGCAAGUAACUGGCUGAGCUGCAGCUGGGGCUGGAAGCUCUCGACGGCGGCUCUAUGCAGCUCUGGGGCUGGGCCGUGGUGUGCCUGCAUGUGGAGGACCAGAACGGGCACUCACUGGUCACACUGCCAGAACGGCUGGUCACACUGCCACUCUUCAAUGGCUCAGCCCAGCUGCCUCUGCUUCAGGGCGCGCGGCUGGGCUACCCUGGUGACCCAAAUGCAGACGAAGGCCCCAACACAGAGCUAAUUUCCACCGUAGCGGCGGCGGCCCCGCGGCGCUAG